CUUCGUUGUACCCUGUCCUUUUACCUCCAUCAGAAUUGUGACGGCUUUAUAUUUUCCAUGACAUUCGAGAAGCCAUCAACCCAAAUCCAGGUGUAGGACUCUCAGCCAGCUUCCCCAGCGCACUCGUGUACUGAAGAACAUCAAAUAUGGCUGAAGGCCUGGGUAUCGCAGCAAGCAUAAUUGAAAUAUUCCGGUUCGGGAAAUCAAUAUAUGAUCGUCUUGCUCAGUACCGCGACGUUGUUGGAAAUUUACCUGAAGCAUUUGCUCAUGUUCAGAAUCGUUUAGGCAUCUUACUUGAUGUUCUGGAAACGACGCGCCUGGCCGCUGAGGCUGGCGCUCUGCCAAGUAGGGCGGUGAGGGCACUGAAUCCUGUCAUGAGAGGUUGCAAGGAGAAGAUUGUGGAUCUCGAAACCAUCAUGAACAAAUUGCUUCCGCGAGAAGAAAUGAGUGGCUUGCAAAAGAGUUGGAUAGCUGUUAAGAGUCUCAAAUACGAUAAGAGGAUACAGCAGAUUACAAAGGUCAUUGGCGAAUACGAGAGUAGCUUGACUUUGCAUGCAGCGAGCGCUAAGUAUCAAGAAUUGGAAGCGCGUCCUCGUCCGAAACCAGCGUCGACUGUGCCAUUUCGCCAAGAUCACAAUUUUGUAGAACGCGAAAGUCUCCUCUCCGUCCUCGAAGAACGCUGUCCAAAACCUGCCGCAAGAGUCGCUUUGGUAGGCCUUGGUGGCGUUGGAAAGUCACAAUUAGCUGUCGAGUAUUCUUACAGGUUCCGUGCACGAUAUCCUGAGAGAUGGGUUUUCUGGGUCCACGCUGGAAGCACCUCGAAUAUCGAGCAAGGAUUCGCGACACUUGCGGAAAAAGCAAGCAUACCGGCUUGGGAUCCAACAGACAGGAACAGAUUCAGCGUUAUUACAAAGUGGCUUGCUGAUGAAGCCAAUGGAAGUUGGCUAAUUAUCAUUGAUAAUGCAGAUGAUCUGGGAGUUUUUUCACGACAGGCGGAGCCAUCAAACAAAAAGAAGAAGAAAAAUCAAUUGCCGAGCGGUCUACCUAUCGACGACCUCCUUCAGCUCUUCCCGGAAUCCCCAAAUGGGUCAUAUUUAUUUACCUCCAGGAGUAAAGAAACUGCCUAUCGCUUGACGGGCGAUCACAAUGACAUUCUGGAUGUUGAGCCGAUGAGUGAACAGGAGGCAGUGAUAUUACUACACAAAAGAGUUACCGGGAUCGUCAGUCAAGAGGAUGCCUCCAAUUUGGUCGCAGCAGUCGAUUAUAUGCCACUUGCAAUUACGCAAGCCGCUGUGUACAUUAACGAAAACCAGCCAAGAGUGACUGUCAAAAAGUACCUUGAUGCGCUUAAACAAGGUGAUCAUAUCCGUACAAAACUGUUAGAAGAAAGUAUUUAUGAUGCGCGCAGGGACGGUCAACGGUCCAACUCCAUAAUUGUAACUUGGCAUAUCAGUUUCCAGUGCAUAAUGGGGAAGAGGAAAAGUGCUGCUCGACUGCUUGGUCUCAUGGCUCUUUUUGAUAGGAACGAUAUCCCAGAAAUAUUGCUGCACGGUCAGUAUGCACAGGAGGAUGGUACAACAAAUGCUCGCCAGCAAAGAUUGUUGCAGCUGGCGAAUUAUAUGCAAGAUCGAAACGCUCCACGGAAUUCAAAGCGGCACCCAGAGGCAGACGAUUUUCAAAAAGACUGGAACAUUUUGACGAGGUUCUCUUUAAUCACUACAAAUCUUGAAGGCGAUCAUUUUGCAAUGCAUAACCUGGUGCAGUAUUCGAUGAGGACGUGGCUGCAUAUCCAUGGAGAGCUAUCGCACUGGGUGGAUAGACACCUUCGGCUAAUGGAAAUGAGUUACCCGACUAUACCUGACCAUACGUCAGAGCUGUGUCUGAGGUGGCUUCCACAUGCUAGUGCAGCCCUCUCCCACGAAGUUUCAAACAAGAAAAUGCUGGAAAUCUGGGCUAGCUUGACCGAAAAGAUCGCUGAGUACAUGAGCACUGUCAUUGGUGCGGGGGCGGACACUGAGGCCUUACUGAGUUUAGCUGUGAAGGCAUACGACUCCUCUUUAGGACCGAACCAUGAUCGCAGUCUCGCCUGUUCUGAGUCUCUAGGCUUCUUUCUAGCUACUCAUAGACGAUGUGAGAAGGCCGAGGUGUUCAGGAGGAAAGUUCUGCUUGCGAGAGAGAAAAAGUACGGGCGCAAGAGCAAGAAAUUGUUGUUCAGCCUAGACUCGUUGCAAGAAACUUUGGAAGUGUUGAAGAAACAUGAUGAAGCGGGGGAGUUAUUUCACAGAGCUGUGACAAUUCGACUAAAGGCGUUCGGUGGCAGUCACCACGAAACACAGCGAUCAUUGAACCAACGCGGUGUUGAGCUGCUAUCGGAAGGCUAUUACGAAGAAGCAGAGGGUGUUUGGCGGCAGGCUUUCGAACUCAGACAGCAUGAUCAUUCCGCAGCAGAGAAAUACGAUCCGCGAUGGGCUCAACAACUGCACGCUUUAGGUGGAAGAGUAGGCAUAUUUAGGGACAAUUGGGCUAAACAAGAAAAGAUCAUGCUGGAAGCAUAUGAGUAUAACAGCCGAUUCUUAGAAAAGCAUCACCACACAAUGAUUCGAAAUGUUGAGGAAAUUGCCGUCGCUCUCGUGCAGCAGCAAAAGUACGAAGAAGCUGUCCCUUGGUUUAGAAAGGCUCUUGAGGCGCAUGCAGCGGCCUCGAACGAGAAGACAGAAGAUGCUCUUUUGACAGUGCACCAGCUUUCAUUGGUUUUUCUAGAACUAAAUAGACUAGACGAAGCAUUAACCAUGGCCCAAGAGCUAGUCAAGGCAAGAGAAACAUCGACAGGAGGAAACUUGGCAGAUUUGGCCGGUGCAAGGCAUGGUCUAGCCAAUAUAAUGCACAAAAAGGGGCUAUUCGACGAGGCCGGACAACUUUAUGAGCAAGCUCACAUAACUCUUGUCCAGGAAAUGGGAGAUAAUCAUGAUAGAACAAAAGAUGUUCUGGCUGAUUGGACUAGACUUAGGAAGGACAUGGAAACCCGUGUACAGGGCGGCGAUGGCGAAGCUUCGAAUAGUCUUACCUCCCAAUGGGAAAGAUGGGGCAGUCCAUAUACUCCGGACAGGCGAAUAGUCAAAUAGAUGGGUAGGCGCCUUGCAUGUAUUUGUCCAUUUCUUACCCUAGACUUCUCUUAUCGGUAUGCCAACCCAACCGGCAUCAAGAUUGGCGCAAUUCCCAAUUCAGAAAGUCGGCUCUACUUCUUCAAAUUCUCAUAAAACUCUCCACCAAUGGUCC